AUGGAGGUUGGUACACCCAGGGACCUUUCCAGCUGCGGCAGCGCCCCCAAGGGCCCUCCCAAUGAUGCUGGCGCCUUUGGGGACCUUCCCGGCGGCAUUGGUACCACCAGCAACGGUAGCGCAUCCAGGUGCUCUCCCAGCGGUAGCGGCGCACCCAGGAGCCAUCUCAGGGGCUGCGGCACUCCCAGGGGGCCUCGUUGCGGCGAUGGUGCCCGCAGGGACCCUUCCAGAAGCGGCGACGACCCCAGGGAUCCUCCCAGGAGCGACGGCACCCCCAGAGACCCACCUGGGAGGGCCCCUAGGGGUGAUGCGGCCGCUGCGAGGGCUCCUAGGGGCACCGUCGCCCCUGAGGGCACCGUCGCCCCUGAGGGCACCGUCGCCCCUGGGAGCCCCCCCGUCACCCAUGGGAUGCCCCCUGUGGGCGGCGCCGUCCCUGGGGGCGCCAUAGCCCCUGUGAGGGUCUCUGGGAGCGAAGAACCUGUAGGGCCACUGGAUUCAGUAGUUUUUUGCUCUAUUUAG